AUGGGUUUCAUGAUAAGAGUUGUGUUCGUGGUGAUAUCCCUCACCGUUGCCGUGGUAUUGAAGCAAUACCGUGGACUGACUGCACCGUUGCCAGUCCCAGAACUCAACCUAAAACAAUACUGGGGCCCGGGAGAUGUGAAGCAGUACAAAGAGGAUACCAGCAUUAAACCGUUCAAGGUGUCAUACGAUGCCCCUGUAAUCGAGAAGCUACGAACAAAAUUGAACGAUGUUCCCACACUGACGGCACCGCUCGAGGGAGUUGCCUUUGAGUAUGGAUUUAACACCAACCGGCUGAAGGAGAUCAUCAAGUACUGGCGAACCACGUACCUGGACAGCUGGAGCGAGCGGGAGAAAUUACUCAACAAAUUCCCACACUUCCAUACCCAAAUUCAAGGGCUCAACAUGCAUUUCAUUCACGUGAAACCGAAAGUUCCGGCCGGCACGAAGGUGUUACCUCUGCUCCUGCUCCACGGAUGGCCCGGCUCGGUUCGCGAGUUCUAUGACAUUAUUCCGAUGCUAACGACCAAAUCGAAAGAUAAAGACUUUGUGUUCGAAGUGAUCGUACCGAGUCUACCCGGGUACGGUUGGUCGCAGGCCAGCGCCAAAAAGGGUCUCAGUCCCUCCGAGGUGGCAAUCGUGAUGAAAAAUCUUAUGAGUCGCGUUGGAUUCGAAAAGUUCUACAUCCAGGGUGGUGAUUGGGGAUCGUUAAUCGGAAAUUAUAUUGCCACCUACUUCCAGGGCAAUGUGCUUGGUGUGCAUCUUAACAUGUGUUCCGUCAACACCGCUCUUUCGUACCCGAAAACAUUCCUGGCUUCUCUGCGUCCAUCUUUGUUCAUUGAUGAACAGUACACUGAUUAUUACUUCCCGCUCGGUAGUAAAUUCGCCGACAUUAUCGAAGAAACCGGUUACAUGCACAUUCAGGCAACGAAACCAGACACCAUUGGCACGGCACUGCAGGGCAAUCCGGUCGGGUUGGCGGCCUACAUUCUGGAAAAGUUCUCCACCUGGACCAAUCCGGCCUAUCGCAAUCUGCCCGAUGGUGGGUUGGAAAAGUAUUUCAAGCUAGACAGCUUGUUGGACAAUGUGAUGAUCUACUAUCUGACCGAUACCAUCACAACCUCGCAGCGAAUUUAUGCCGAAGCAUUUGCAGCCGAUGAACUGAAGAAAGAUAUUGAUCGCAUACCGACCGCGGUCCCGGCAGCCUGUGCAAAGUUCCGAUACGAGCUGAUGCAACAAAUCGACUGGAUAUUGAAGGAUCACUUUACCAAUCUGGUACAGAGUAAUCAUUUCAGCGAUGGCGGUCACUUUGCGGCUAUGCAGCUGCCGGAAGUGUUGUACAAAGACUUUGUUACAUUUAUUGCCUCGCUUCAAAAGUGA